AUGCUGGCUUUGGAGAAGGCCGGGUCGUUAUUCACUGGUUGGAUACGAUCAUGCUUGACAUGUCUACCAGGCGAGGAUGGUUGUCAACCUAGAAAAGCUGGGAACGGCGUUGAACGGGAGAUGAAAAUAUGCCACACUCAACCACACCUUGUCCCACCCAUGAAGCUGGUGGUAUACGAUGACAUCCGCAGUCCAAGUGUCCAUCAACAUCGAAACUCAUUGUCGUCAUGGUUCAACGACAGCCGGAACUUGGCCUCGCGAGCCUCUAACCGGGCAAGCAUGUCUUUGAAACGAUCCUCAACCACCCCGUUGAAGAUCGGCGCACCUUCAGACUUUCGCAGAGUGCAAUCCUUCCACGAUCAUCAGCCAAAGUCAUUCCAUCCAAACCCGCCACUAACAUAUCAACCAUUGGACCUCCGCAUUCAUCGAUCAGGCAAUCGAUUGUCUGACUUACCUUCAUUCGAAGCCUUCCAACUAUACGAGGGGCCCCAGCGCAAGACCCUACCGGUGCCCCCUCGUGCCCUCACAACUUCAACCGGCGUUCGAGAUCAAAAGGCAUUUGUAGUCUCUCGCAAGCCAGUCGGAUCCCAGAAACGCCGAUCACUUGGAAACAUGGAGACUCUCCGCGUCGAAGAGCCCGCUCGCACAGCUAGUACUCUGGUGCCGCAUUUCUCCAAGGUCACUCGCAUCGAGACACCUGUUCCAGAAGCUCAGGCAGCAUCUCCAGUCCAUGGCAGGUCAAAAUCGGAAGGGACCACGCUUACAUCGAACACCCCAUGGCAAAACGACGCAAGCACCAGCCAACCCUGGGGAAGAGUACCUCGAACUCCACCUGCACCCAAGAGCUUGUACACAGAAUCACCGGAUACAUCUCCAUCCAAGUACUCAGCGACGUACAAGAACAGUCCUUCGUCGGGCAGCUCGCGAACUGUGCCAUCACAAUUCUCAUCACCACGCCAUCCCUCCAUUCCACUCCCCGAGAACCGAAACACGAUCGAUCCAGUCCCUUCCUCUCUUUCCAACCGCGUGACUCAAUGGAUGUUCCCUACCCCCACCAAGCCCUCUACACCCCCGAAGCAAUCCUUCCUGCCCGGCGAGAACGGGUUUAAUUGGGAGCGGGCCCGCACAAUGAGCGGCACCACACUUGCAUCGACUACCACGACCAUCACUGGCGGCCCAAGAGCACGGAACAAUAGCUCCAUCUCUAGUGCCUUCUCUAGUGCUAUCACUCCCCGCACCUCAUUCCAGGUCUCCUCGUCCCCUGCAGAAAAGGAGGUUGACUCUGGCGUCUGUUACCCGACCAUCUUUGAGGGCCAGCAGCAACACCAUAAGCUCUCUUCGUAUCGCGAUAAUGAACAUAUGCGGUACCACGAGUCUACUAGUAUUGGGGUGGCGUUUUGA